CUCUACAGCAAGAGGUAAGCCCAGACUUGCGCAGAGGUGCGCGUCGAGGUGCACUGUACGAAGGAAGGAACAAAAAACUCAUGGACCUCACAAAACUAACCGAACCUGAACGUUUGUCAUCAAUUUUCGAAAAGCGCAAUUCGCAGGAGUGAUCACAUAUAACGAGUUAUCGCUUUCAAUACAUACAUACAUCAUCAUGAUUCGCUUCAUUCGAGUCUUUGCACUUACGGCAGCUCUGUUGGUAUUGUCCACUGAAGCCCGUCUUUCGGGUCAGACGCAGGACCACGUCGAGGACGAACAGGACGAAGAAAGACGUCUAUACUACGGAUCGUCGUCCGGUGGGUACAGCAACAGAGCCAGCAACAGCAACGUCAAUCAAUACCAGCAAAUGGUGAACGGUCAAAAAUACGGCAACUCGUACGGCAACGCGAACGGCAACUCGUACCAAAACGGGUACGGCUACUACGCCGACGAUGGAGUUAACGAUGACGCCGCCGGGAAUGGUAACGACGAUGGAAACAACAACGACGGGAACGAUGACGGAGCAAACAACAACGAUGAUCAGAACAAUAACAACAACAACAACAACAACAACGGUCAAGAUGACGAUCAGAACGCCAACAACGCCAAUGACGACCAGAACAACGGCCAAAACGGAGGAGGAAACGACGAUCAGUACAACGUACAAGGCGAUGAUCAAAGUGGCAACAACGAUGACGGUCAAGGCGGUAGCAAUGGUAGCAGCAACAGCGAUGGAAUGGAUGUUCAGUCGGACAGCACUAGCAGCAGCAAUCAGAAUAACCUUUUCAAUGGCGCUGGCUCCAAGCUCUUUAGUGACCAACGAACCCUGGAAAUCUUUCAAAUGGCCACGGGAAUGCUGGCGUGCAUCAUUGUCAUGAUGAGCAUCUACAUUUGCUACUUGCGAUGUUCCAUGCGACAGCCCAAGGCCAUUCCAAUGACGAUUGGAUCGCUCGAUCAACCCAUUGCACCCGAGAUUGCCUAUCAGCUCGAGGUGGAGAAGCAAAUUGCACGGGAACACAGCAUGCACAGCACAAUCGCUACCAAUGACCCCUGUGUCUACCAACGUAGUGGUACUUAUACUACGAACGAUCCCGGUGCCUACCAGAACGCUUCUUAUCCUAACAAUGAUGCUGGCAGCGUAAGUCAAAACAAUGCUGCUGCCACGGUGGCUACAGAAAACACUACCCAGAGCACCCUUGCCACGCAUGACAAUCAGAACAAUGCAGAUGGAACGGUCGCCACAGACAACACCCCGGUCAACGACAACACUACUAUCCAAAACACUGUUGUUGACAACACGGACAACAACAACAACAGCAGCAACGCGACUCCAGAAGUGGAACCAGAAGGAAGAGAUCUGUCACCAGUAACCAUCUCCUAAAUUUUGGUGGCUGUUGUUGUCUAAUUUUGGAGGGGUAAGUGGAACAAAUCCUGCGCCCCGGUUCUUCGUGGUGGAUGCAGCCUUGAUGUUGUUGCUUGUUUUUAUGGGGCUUUCUAUAUAUGUACGUUUCAGUGUCUCAAGCUUUCGAAGAAGGACGACUCCAUCAAGGUAGUUCAUACAUCCGAUAGUACGGUGGCCAUCUGACUGAUACAUAUAUGCUCGUUGCCAAGCCUUCCAAGCAAUGGUGGUUGGGUGUACUUCUCGGCUUCGUUGCUGUAAUGGUUAUAGUUUCAGCUUUCCUACU